AAAAAAAAAAAGAACACACACACACACACACAAAGGUUAAAAGAAGAAGAAGAAGAAGAAGAAGAAAAUGAAGCCUUUAGAAAUGUCUGCAGAGUCAUGCGGAUUGGAGAAAGAAAAAGCUUGUGUGGGAUGGGUUAUGGAGUACUUCAAGGACUGUCUCUGCAGCCUCAGAGAUGAAAUAUCAUUUGGUUUCGGAAUAGCAAGUCUUAUUUGUUGGGGUGUGGCUGAAAUCCCUCAGAUCAUUACCAACUUCAACAACAAAUCCGCUGAUGGCGUCUCUCUCGCCUUCAUCUCCACUUGGAUUGUUGGUGACAUAUUCAAUCUCAUUGGUUGUAUUCUGGAGCCAGCUACGGUACGCUGUUAAUUUUCUCAUUUGCUCCUUUAUAUGUUCUCUUCUGGUCAUGGUAAUCCUCAAUAGUUUCUGGAUUAAUUGUCAUAUCUUUCAUAACAUUAUUAUCUGAAAAAUAAAAGAUCAUCAAACAACAAAUAAAAUUCCACUGCUUCAGAUAAGCUAGCAUUUCAACUUGACUAAAUGAAAACUCGCUCGGUAAUUGACAGAAAAUAUGGCUUACUUAUGUUUGUUUGGUUUUCUUGAUGGUUUUUUAAAAUUAAUUUAUUAUUAACUAUCCCAUCCCAGCAUAUCUUUUUAUAUUUUCAAUAUAUUUAUUUACAUUCUCAAUACAAAAAACACCUAAAAACGCACUAAAAAAACAAAACAAACAUUAUGUUACGUACGUUGGAUCAAUAUUUAUUUUGUUUAUGGUCAUGGGCUGUAAUUUUCUGACAAUGUGGUUUUCUGUUUUGGCAGUUACCCACUCAGUAUUAUACUGCACUGGUAAAUCUCAUCUUAAAGACUUAAUUAAACCCCUUGUAUACACAUUUUCAUGUUAAUUAAUGUUCACCUUUCCUUUUUCAAGUAAAUUAAAUAGUACUCCAUUCUUCUGAAAUGAACAUCUUUUGGUCAUACUAUUUUAAUACAAAAUCUGAUAAUAUUUUGAAAUGGUGAAAUAAUUUUAUUAUUAUGAUUAUAAUUGUGCAGUUAUACACUACCACCACAAUAGUACUGGCACUCCAAUGCUUAUACUACGAUCAUUUUCUUCCAUUAUGGAAUCGCAACGACUCCGAAACGAUUAAGGAGAAUGAUGAGAGGACUACUUUGACAAAAAAAUUGAAUGGAAAUGGAUCAAAAUUAAAUGUCCCGAUUGAGGUACCUCGUCGGAAAGAAUUCCACUUCAUAUCAGCAAGAUCAUUGGCUGGAAGUGAUAAUUCUCCAUAUCAAUCGUCUUACAUGAAGCCAAAGAGCGGUCCUCCUGUCCUUGACCACUUAAGUGAGUCAUCUUCCGACGAUGAAAACGACACCGCCGCUGCCUUACCAGCGGUGUUAUCCUACCCUAAACCACUGAGUCAGCCUCGUCCAAUUCCACGUCCGGCGGGAUAUGGGACCUUUCUUGCUGUAUCGGCCUAUAUUCCUCGGGUAACUAAGGGUUAUGAUAUUCCAUUGAUGUACAUGGGAAGGAAGCUACUUUUGCAGGAACAAGACUUGCAUAGCAGCAAUGAGGCAUAUGGACAAUGGCUUGGAUGGUUAAUGGCUGCCAUUUACAUGGGAGGACGAUUACCCCAGAUUUGGCUCAAUAUUAAAAGAGGAAGCGUGGAGGGACUGAGCCCUUUGAUGUUCAUUUUUGCGCUCAUUGCUAAUGCCACUUAUGUUGGAAGUAUUCUGGUGAGAAGCACAGAACGGGAGAAGAUAAAAGCUAAUAUGCCUUGGUUGCUGGAUGCCCUAGUCUGCGUGGUCCUCGAUCUUUUUAUUAUACUUCAAUAUAUCUUCUACCGUUACAUUAAGCGGCGUAAGUGCAGGCAGAGAGAUUCGAAGAAUACAACCAAGGUCACGGCGAAGCACACACUAUAAAACCUCUAAUUAAUUUGUGAUUGAUGAUACAUAUUGGUCCCUUAAUACUAUCUCCAUUUGCUUCCUGUAACAAUUUUGUUUUCCUAGGCUAGAUAUUGGAUUUUCUAGAAUGUCGCAGUAAACAUGUGUUUGUAUCAAUUUGAUGAUAAUAAUUAUGAUCAUAUAUAUAUCCAAUAAAAAAUGAAAAUUAAGAGGUCAAAUUUUGG